CAGAAGAAUAAAAAAGAACAUACAAUGCCGGUAUUAUACUCUGGGAGGCGUCUCUGACGAUGAUUCAGAAGGCUAUUGAUCCCACGUACACACUAGGGCUGGUGCAGCGUCUCCCAAUACGUGUACCGCAAAAUAUGCGAAAUUAUUUCCACAACAGAAUUUAAUUUUCGGUUGACCGGCCGCACCCCUCACGAAGCGGAUAAGAUAAGUUAUGAAGCCCAUGCAACAAAGAUCGACUAGGUUCUGACUGAAAUCAGUGUGUUUGGAGCAUUUGCAAUGGGGAAACUUUAUACAGGUGCUUUUAUAUGACAUGAUCGCUUAAUCCACCACAUAUAUAAGGAGAGAGUAGAACAUUACUACCAAGUGUGCUCGAGUUUGAAAGUUUGCUUUCAUACUUUAUCAUUGGAAGUUUUAGAAGAAAUAUGGAUGAAGAAGUGCAAGACUCCGUUACGGCUGAAGAGAGCGUUGCUCAAGAACAGCCAGAUAUAGCGCCACCAACGGACGCUCCUGCAGGUGCUGAACAAGAUAUGGACAAUCCAUCUGCAGGUGAUUUAACAGCUGAUGGAACAGACUUUCCUCCACCCCCACCUCCGGAUAGCGAACCCCCGCCUGAACCCGAAUCGGUACCCGAACCGGCACCUGAACCAGCAACUGAACCAGAAUCCGUAAGCGAUUCAGUACCCGAACCUGAACCGGUGCCUGAAACGGAUCCACCAACUGAACCAGCAUCAGAACCAACACCCGAAAUUGACGACGAAGCAAAUGACGUCACAGAUCUUAUAGACAGUGCAGUUGACCCGGAAAUAGAUGAAGCUGCCGUUGACCCCACAACUGAAAACGAGAUAAUUUCACAAGACGAGGAAAGUCAGGCACCUGCAGAGGUUACAGUUGACCCCGAGACCGAGUCCCCUGUAUCUGCAGACGGAAAUAGCACGCCCCCACCGAUGUACGACGAGGCACCCGAGGCAGAGAAACCUCAAGCAAUCUACCAAAACAGCAUGGUAGCAGAGGACACUGACGGCAUCACAACUCUGGACGAAGAGGUCCCUAACGGUCACGGCGUGAACGGUGACCUGGAUCCAAUAAUCAUGAUGUAUUCCAAUGAAAAGACAUCGUCGACGAGGGCUAGACUGAUCUGUUUUGUCAUGUUCUUUAUCGUGGUGGCCAUCACUGUCAUAGCACUGACCUUCUACUUAGUUCUUUACUAUGAGAACAGAGACAGUUCCGACUCAUCGGAAGGUACGGUGGUAACAACGCCGCGUGCCCCAUAGCCUAGAGCGGACUGACACCAAUAGCAAUGGAAACGGAUUUAUAUCGUCACCGUGGUAACCAAGCAUUCUUAGGCUGAAACUCAAGGAUUGCUAAAACAAAGCCAGGAAUACUGACCUGUCUUCGAUCGGAUGCCAGUUCUAAUAUGCAUGAACAUAAUGAGGAGAAAAAUUGAGUACCCAUAGCCGCACAAGUCCGUUAACUCUGACAUAAUAAGACGAUACAAAUGUAUAAAGGAAUGUAAAAUUGACCGUAUGGCCUUCCUAAGUUUCAGGGAUUGGAUCUUAAAUCUUAUGAAUACUCAUCCCAACGUUCUUUGAAAAAGGUACAGCUCACCUAUGUAAAAAAUUCUUCAUUUCAUGUAUCAUGUGUAUACCUUAAUGCUAGUUGAUAUCUAGAUUAUGUAAAUAUUUAUUUUUGGAGCGGAUUUUUUAAUGUUAUUUUCAUGAACGAAAUAACCACCUUAUAUGUUUGUCUGCAAUGUGACGUGAUGUUAUGAACGUCAUACACAUUGACUUCAUGGCAUCUCUUAGAGGCUGAAGCCAUUGUCACGCAUCUGCCGGUGAAUCACUGGAUCUGGCCCAUCUCCGAUCCGCUCUCCUUUUAUGUGACCUCCUACAUCCUCUUUGGGAGGGCGCUACGAGAUUAUGACGUCAUACGCAUAAGGUCUACUAUAUAUGGCUGUACCUGGGGUUCGAGCUGAACAUGGUAUAAUGCUACAAUAAUUCACGCUCUUUAGGAAAGUAUUGACUAAUUGACUCUUUCAACUGUGUCAUUCAAAAAGUUCAAACGCCAAGCAUUAUUGUUACAAUGGUCUCCAUAAAGAUGAAUUUAAAUGCUUGAGUGCCUAAUUAGAGAAAUGAUAUUAGUAAUAAUUAUAACAGAGCAGCUUUUACGUGCUCUACCAGGUGCCAUGAUCAUCUCACCUACACGGGUUGUGUGCAGCUCAGUAGUCGCGCUAAAGCCGGGGUAAUAUAGUUUGCAGCGCUUAGAAACAUUAUAUCAAGCGCUGUAAAUGUUCCAUUACGAUCAUUAUGAAUUACAUCAAAUUCCCAGUGACGUGAAUGAUGGUUUGAUUGGCCCGGAUAAGCUACGAGUCUGUAUGAAAUUAUGGUAUGCCGAAUAACAAUGGAAAAAGAGGCGAAUUAAACUCGUAUUACAAGAAAAAAAUAUAUAGGCGUGGCAAAACGAGGGGGAAAAAUCUUUCGCUCUCAUUAUCUCAUUAAGAUUAACAUUAAGCAUGUUUAGGGUGCCGACGUCACCGUUACUCUAUUGAAUAAUACUUGUAGCAAACGUGUGGGAAUUGUAUGAAAUAUAGAUAUCAUUUAAAUAUCUUUAGAAUACUUUGCUUUUGUUUUUAGUAUGAAAUGUUUUUAAUGUAUAUGAUAAUAGUGUUUAUGAGAUUGACUUUGCAGUACCGUAUCUUCCUGUAGUUUAAUAAAGAGCAUAUUGAGUAAGUGGUUGAAAAUAAUCGAUUAUAUGGCUGAAAUGAGUCUGGAUGAAUUGUAUCAGAUUGUUUCAGUCCUUGACCAACCUUACUUGAAUGUAUUUUUUGUACUAAAAGAAAUGUUUUCUAUUUUGCUAUUAUCCCUUUUUUCACAGCAAAAACUGUGGUGUUAACCGGUGUACAUAGAGGACCACAUCAGUUAUUUUACACCGGUGUUAAAUUGGUGGUGUUAGUUUUACACCUAUAGGUGUUAUAACAACACCUUUUUUGUUACAUUUACACUAUUUGGUGUUACGUUUAAUCUCUAGGGUGUAAUAUUAACACCUCAGGGUGUGGUCCUCUAUUAACACCAAUUGGUGUCAGUUUUAACAUCGCAGUUUUUACAGUAUACAUUUCAUUGAUUUUGAUUGAAAAUGUAAGAGUGACGUAAACUGUUAUAUUGUUCAUAGUUCCUUUUGAUUACGUGUUGACUUUGUAUGGGCUAUAUGAUUUGUGAUAUCAUCAGUUGGAGCAGUAUUGUCUAAUAUUCUGUUUGAAUUAGAAUAACCCUCAUAAUCUUUUUUUACGAUCAUGUUAGGUAUUGAUUGUAAAUUUUGAAAUAUAGGCCUAUCUAGUCUUUGUUUUGUAUUAAGUUAAUGAAUUGAAUGCUUUAUACCGGCAGGAAAAGUAAUUGAGUUACAUUUUAUGUGAAUGUGUUGAACUAGAAUCAUGAAUAUAAAUAAAUAUUGAUUAAUUUUUA